AUGAAUACGAAAGAUUUAGAAGCAAAGUGUCUUAUAGACUUAACAUUAGAAAGUGAAAAAGCUGGGGAAUGGGACCAAACCAACUUUGCUAUUGAGGAAAAUUUGGAAUCAAAAAUAUCAUCUUGGAAUGGCCAAAGUCCACGAACACCAAAAAUCACUCACAUAAAAGACAGAGAAGCAUCUACUCAGCUUCACGGCUUUUCAAUGCACAUUGAGAAUUUUAAAGAAUUAACACCAAAAUCGCGAACUCCUACUAUUAGUCUUACUCCCCCCCCCCCCCUCCGUGAGCGAACAAAAAAAUUUUGUUCGCUCACGGAGGGGGGUUAAUUUUUUUUUUUUAAAAAAAAUUUAUAUAUAAAUUUUAUAAAAAAUAUUUUUUUCGAAAUUUAAAAAAAUCCUAAUUUGCAAAAAUUGGGAAGCAAAUAUUAAUUUAAUUUGCAAAAUUUAUGUUUUAAAACGCAAUUUGUUUAAAAUUAAACAGAAUUAGCUCUAGAUUUCAUUAUACUAAUUAUCACUUAUAUAUCCAAAUUUUUUUCCAUUAAAAAUUUUUUCUAUUAAAAAAAUUUUUGUUCACUCACGGGGGGUGGUUUUUGGUCAAAAAAUGGCGAUUUUUCUAAUGGUUUUGUUCGCUCACGGAGGGGGGGGGGGGAGUUAGUAAGAAAAUAGUAUAUGAAAAAGCACCUAUAUUCCCUUUUAAAAUCCCUUAUAAAUCUCAAACUCCAAAGCCAAAAAUUGAAUUCAUUAAGUUCAAAAUCAGCAAUAAAGACAAACAAGCAUUUUAUUUUAGAUCUCCUUUAAAAUGAUCAGAAAAGAUCAAGACAGAUAAAACAAUGACAAGGCCGAAAUCGACAUUUCGUGGAGUAAAUCUAAUAUAGAUUGAUCAAUUAUUGGAAAUGAUAAAUAGCCCCAAAUCAAGUACUUUACCAUUUUAUAAGCCUACAAAAUCAACUUUUAUGAAGCCAAGCACUUCAACAAUGAAAAAGAUCACAUCGCCAAGGAUACAAUUAACAGCUUCACAUUUUCAGUCAAGAAAAACCAAAAGCAAUGACCCUUCAUCAAGGUUUUCUAAUCAAAAUAAUUUUGACAUUUCAAGAAUUUCAAAGAAAAAGCGAAGAUUUUCUAAUUUGAAUAGUCUGAAUAUGAAGGUAUCUGAAAGCUUAAAAUAA